UCUUCAGAGAUACUUACUUUAUAAACUCAAAGCUGGCUCAGCUGAAGAUGAGUUCUGUGCUUCUGAUGCUCUUGUUAUCCACUGUGAAUGCCGGCACCUUACUAGAAAAGGGCUCGCUGAGACGGGAAGCCCAGCGGCUUUCAUGCGUGCGAUGUUGUGGGCCUUCAGAAGAGCCAGUCUCCGUCGCCUCUUCACGAUCCACUAGGAUGAGCUAUGACCCCACCUAUUCAGUGCCCAAAGUCCAGCCCACAAUAGAUAUCACCAUCCUGAAAGGUGAAAAAGGUGACGUGGGAGAGAAAGGGAUCACCGGAGGGGCUGGAAAGGCUGGAGAACGAGGGCUACGUGGUUAUAAUGGACGGAAAGGUCAGAAAGGCCAGGUUGGCCCACCAGGCAACUCCUGCAAGCUGCAUUACGCUGCCUUUUCAGUCGGCCGGAGAAAACCUCUCCAUAGCUCGGAUUAUUUCCAGCAUGUCACUUUUGAUACGGAGUUGGUGAACCUCUACAAACACUUCAGCAUGUUCACAGGGAAAUUCUUCUGCUACGUGCCGGGGAUCUACUUCUUCAACCUUAAUGUCCACACCUGGAACUUCAAAGAGACCUACCUGCACGUAAUGAAGAACAACAAGGAAGUCGCCAUCCUCUAUGCCCAGCCCAGUGAUCGGAGCAUCAUGCAGAGCCAGAGUCUCAUGCUCGAGCUGCAGGAAGGGGAUGAGGUCUGGGUGAGAAUGUUUAAACGAGAGAGGGAAAAUGGCAUCUAUAGUGAGGAGUCUGAUAUUUACAUCACCUUCAAUGGCCAUUUAAUUAAACCAGCCAUAGAGUAGCAUAUUCUGCAUCUUUGGGCUCGGUGCUUUAGUAGCGCUCCUUGGGUAGAUUACUAAUUCUCCUCUUUAAAAGUGCACGUCUAUGUCAACAUGGAAAUAAAUACGCAGUAAAUAUUUUCAUGGUCUGAUUGUGGCUAGCAGCCAGCUGAUCUGCUUUUCAGUUUGCUAAUCCUCCCAAUCAAUUAGAGAUAUUUCUCAUGCAACAAUCUUAAUGUGCAGAGCAGGGGCGUGAGUAUGCGUGGGAGGGGAAUGGGCACUGCUUGCAAAAUGAACAAAAGUUACAUGGCAGUGCCAACUUUAUGAAUACUUAGAAGGCCUGAGCUCUUUUUGACCCAUGGGAUGCUGUGCUUAUCGUUAGCUAGAUGGGAAAACAGAAGGACACUGUUCUGAAGUCUUCCACAGGCCCCUUGUAACGUCUCUGCUGAACUGCUUGCCAAAGUCAUUCAGUACAUAAGCUCGGUUACAAAAAAAUGGUAACCUAUUAGCUCUGUUUUAGUGGCCUAACCUACUCAUUUUUGUACUCUGUAAUUAUCUGAGGAUCGUAUUAGACAAGCUAGCUAACGGUUACAAUGAAGUAAAGUGUUUGCAGGUUGCUUUGCCUACAAAGGAUGCCUUUGUUGUUGUUUACGAUUGCUGUCUGUGGUUCCCGUCCUCCAGUUCCAUGCUAGAACCAUCCCUUACACUCCCCUGAAAUCACUGUCACCAAAAAUGACCAUUUCCUAGAUAAAGCUCAGAACCAGUACUCCAUCCUCCUCCUCUUUGACCUGUCAGCCGCCCUUGACAUAAUCAGCCAGGCUCUUCCUCUUGAAAUCUUGUCCUCCCUUGGCUUCCAUGACUCAGUCCUCUCCUGGGUUUCCUCCAGCUUCUAAUCACUCCUUCAGCAUGUCCUCCAAAAAUCUCCCUCAUCCCCCCCCCUCAGUUUCUCUGAGGGUCCCACAGGGCUCUGUCCUUGGUCCCUUUCUCUUCUCCCUCUACAUCUUAUCUCUGGGUCAUCUCAUCCACAAACACAAAUUCAGUUCUCUGUGUGGAUGACCAGCAGAUCAACAUCUACUCCAGACCUGUCUCCUUCUGUCCAAACAAAAAUCUCAGCCUGUCUCUCUGACAUCUCAUGGAGGCCUAGUUGUCAGCCCAAGCUCAAAGUCGCUACAACAUAACUCUUAAAUCUUCCUCCCUGCACUCCGAGCCCGCCCUGGUAAACCAUCCCCGCUACCUCCUUUCUUGAUCAUUGUGGACAACGCCACCAUCUUUCCUGUCACUCGGGCCUGUAACCUGGACACCAUCUCUGACUCGGAUCUCUCUCUAGCUUCACCUCCAGGCUCUGCCUAAACCUUGUGGGUUCUUUCUAUGUAACAUCUCUAAGAUCCAGCCUUUCCUAUCCAUCCACACCCCUAAAACUCUCAUCCAGGCUCUUGUUCUCUGGCAUCUUGAGUCCUGCAACAUCCGUCUCUCAGCACUGCUCAUAUGCAUUCAGAAUGCUGCUGCAAGGAUCGUUUUCCUAGUUUGUUGUUCUGACUGUGUCGCUCCUCUCUUUGCAUCUCUGUACUGGCUCCUGCUUCUCUAUCACAUCAAAUAUAAACUACUUGUCUUCACUUUCAACGCCCUUCAUGGCCUUGCACUGCCUUAUCUAUCAUCUGCCAUUCAGUAUCAAGAUGUUGACUCCUCCCUCCCAACCACCCACGAUGCCCAUCUCCAUCUUCAUGUUCUUUCCUGUGCUGCCCCUCGCAUUUGGCAGGAGCUCCCCGUAAACAUCCAAAACCAAACAUUUUCCUUCAAAACUUUCCUUUUCCACGAUGCCUACCAAGGCCAUGGCUAUGAUUAGGCUGGGGUGUUGAGACCACGGCCAAUCAUGUUGACUGACACAGUCUCAUUGGAGUCUCCUAUCUCUCUCUUUUCAUCUGUUGUCUCUUGCCUUGCACUGAGAUCGCAAGCUGCAUGGCACACGGACCAUGUUCUGUGUUUGUUCAGCACAAUGGGCUCCUGCCCCAUGACUGGGGCUUCGAGACACUACAGUAAUACAAAUAAUAUUAAUAUGUUUUCUAAUAAAAAGAAAGGGCCAUAUUCUGCUCUCACUGAUUUGGGUGGGGUUGCAGCAUGAUUGCAGAGCGCUAGUUGGUCCAGUGCAUUUACCUUAAAAUGAUGCUGACCUUCUUUGCUAUAAUUCAUGAUUUUUCCCCUUUUCCUAGAAUGUAAUAUCACAAUGAGCUAAACAUAACACGCCAAUCCAGCAUAGCGCUUAAGAAGGCACAUAACUUUCUUCACGUGUGUAGCUCCAUUGGGAUAGGUAUGCUGGAGCAGGGCCGAUAAGGAUAUCGAUGAGCAUUACAAGGUGUUCUUUCCCUUUUUAAUGGCAACCAUCAUAACGAGAGGCCGAUUGUCAGAGUUACUGAGAACAUACUGCUCCAGUUGAAGCCAGUGGAAACUGCCAGGGAUUAACAAUGAAAAUUAGCGCACUUUACUGCACCAGAUUUUCUAGGCAGUCUAGAAAUGAUUGUACUGUGCAAAAACCCCCUUUCCGCAGUCUGCAGUGUUAGUCUCUUAAUAUUCACUGCACACAACAGUGAAAUGCUAUGUGCUAGAACAAGAAAACAGACCAAAUAUACAUUUGUUAGUCCCUGUCCCCAUCAACACGCACGCACACGCACCCCUUUGGGAUGUUUGUAUGGAGGAUGCAUUAAAUUAUAUUGUACUGUAUGUCCUGCUAGGCUAAUUGUUGCUUGUUGCUGCGCAUCUCCUGUUACCAAUCAUUUAACCUGAGAAUUAACUGUAAUAAAGCUAGUGUU